AACCCUAAGUUCAAUUUCUUCUAAAUUUUCCUCUUUCCACCAUUCCACCUUACAAUACAAGAACACUUUAACAAAAGCAGAGCAACAAAAAAGCUGCUUCAUUCCUCUUCUUUUCAUACAAUUCUCAAGAAAAAAAAAACCACAAAUAUUUACCAAAAACAAAACUUUCCUUCAAACCCAUUUUCGAAAUGGGUUUCUUCUUCUUCCUUUUCAUUCUCACCAUUUCUUCAUUGACCUCAUCCAUGGCGUCCCACAAUCUCCAAUCGCCGCAUCUCCUCGAUCUUUACAUCAGAGAUUACACGUUGAAAUCCCUUGACAACACAGUCAAAACAGGGACACUUCACAGUGUUCCGUUACCGGAGAAUUUCUCCGGCAUUGAUGUUGACACGGCGAGGUUCCGAUGCGGAAGUUUACGGAGGUAUGGUGCAUCGGUGAAAGAAUUUCAUGUGGGUGUUGGUGUUUCUCUGAACCCAUGUGCUGAGAGAAUCGUAAUCAUCCGGCAAAAUUUGGGAUCUAAUUGGUCUUCGAUUUACUUUAACAACUACCGUUUAACUGGGUAUCAAUUAGUUUCUUCAAUCUUGGGGAUUUUGGCUUACAACUCUGGAAAUAAUAGUUCGAGCUCCUCCCCUGUUCCAUUUGAGGUCGGAAUUUCCGCCGGAGAAAAACCCAUUACUAUAGAUUUCAGAAACUCGACGAGAAUGGGGAAUGACACGAGAAUGAGGCCGAUUUGUGCGAGUUUCGAGAGGGAUGGGAGAGUUACAUUGGCGAAGGAGAUUUCGCCGUUGAUUUGCUCUGUUUUGAGACAGGGGCAUUUUGGGUUAGUGGUGGAGGAGCCAGAGCCGGUGGAGUUGAGAAAGAAGGAACGGCCGUGGAAGGUGGCUAUCGGAAGCGCGAUAGGGGCGGCGAUCGGAGCGUUUCUUUUGGGGUUGUUGUUGGUGGCGAUGUUUGUGAGAGUGAAGAAGAGGACGAGAAUGGAGGAGCUGGAAAUUAGGGCUUAUGAAGAGGAAGCUUUGCAAGUUUCGAUGGUCGGACAUGUGAGAGCUCCGACGGCGCCGGGGACGAGGACUAUGCCGUCGAUUGAACAUGAGUAUUUGCCGCCGUCUCGUCGACGGUGAGAAUAAGAACGUAAUGUUUGUUCAGAUUUAGAGCUGUAGUUGUAUUCUUUUUCUUUUGUAAGAUUAGUGAUUGAAACUGUCAACAAAAUGAAUUUUAUUGUACAUUUGUUAUUGGUUUGCGAUGAUAAACACAACAAACUUUCAAUUAAUUGGUUUAUAAA